AUGGAAAAAGUUAGGGAAAUCUAAUAUUGCAAAGUUAAAAUGGAAUUAGGAAUUUAUGAGAAUGCAAAACAAUUAACUAUUACAAAAGUCAAAGAAUCUUCUGAUGAUUGUUCAAUUAGUUAACUCAAGUAUUUAUUAAAAGAUCUCAAAAUUUAAUCUACAGAUAUUUCUAGAGUCAGUAAUACCACUGUUCUUAAAGAUUUAGUUCAAAUGAUAGGUGGUACAAAUAAUUAAUCUAAACCAUUUUAAAUUUUUAAUCAAACUAAAUAAAUUUAAAAAUAAUUUAAGCCAUCUCAAGAAGCUUAAAUAAAUAAUUAUUAAAAAUGUCAACAAACCUUGAAAAAAAAAUUGAAAUAUAAUUAAAAUAGACCAAAAAAAUUAAUUCUCUUCCUUUAACUUAACGUAUACCAAAACUAAUUCAAACAUUAAGAUAAUCUUCAGCAAAUAAUUAAUCCUCUAGAGCUGAAAUUCCUAUUUAAUCACUUAGAAAACCACCAUAAUUAAAAUCAAGAUAAGUCUCCAUGGGUAACAUAGAGUUUACCAUAAUUCUAAUUUUAUUAUUAUCUAUAAAACUUGCUUAACUACAGCUAGAAAUACACCUUAAUAAAAUGAGUUGCUGGUUGAAUUAGCUAAGAAGAUUUUCUCAACUAAAAUGACACCAAACACUAAAAAUUAAAAAUAAAAGGCUCUUAAUUUGGAUAUGCAACAAAAUUUUUUGUAUAAGGCAGAACUAAUUUGCUUGAAGCUCCAAAAAUUUUGA